AUGUUAACCAUCAAAACCUAUUCGCUCGCAAAAAUGGCAUUCUCCAGAGCUCGCACAGCUUCCUCAACACUCCACAAAUUCCUCCACCCUCCAAUCCGCCAUUUCAACACCACUCCUCUUCAUUCUCGCAUAUCAUCAACGAUGAUGAUGAAUCAAAUGCAAACCCUCGAUAUCAGCUCCCAAAUCGGAAGCUGUAUGCCCUUAUCCAUGAUGAGAAUCGGAACCCUAAUCCACAACAUUGAGCUCAGACCGGGCCAAGGAGGCAAGUUAGUCCGAGCUGCUGGUACUUCGGCCAAGAUCUUGACGGUGCCCUCGACGUCGACUAGGUUCUGCGAAGUGAAAUUGCCGUCCGGAGUGAAGAAAUUGAUCGAUACCAAGUGUCGGGCCACGGUUGGGCAAGUGUCGAACCCGGAACAUAGAAAGAAGAAGUUGAGAAAGGCGGGGCAGAGUAGGUGGCUUGGGAGAAGGCCGGUGGUGAGAGGUGUGGCCAUGAAUCCUGUUGAUCACCCUCACGGUGGUGGGGAAGGGAGGAGUAAGAGUAGCGGGAGACAUGGUCGGACUUCGUUGACGCCAUGGGGGAAGCCGUGCAAGAGUGGGUAUAAGACUGGGCCGCUCAAGCGCAAAAAGUAG